AUUGGUGAUGAGGACGGCACCUGCAGCAAAAAAUUAUCGAAAAGCAAAGGUGACCACAAAGAGAUUUCGGAAGAAGAGCUGCAGAAGCGGUUAAAGCGUCGACAAGCUGAAAUUGAAAACAAUCCGUACUACAUGAAGGGAGAAAUUAAAUCAAGCCAAGCAAAACGGGCAACACGACCGAUUCGUGAUUCGGUCGAGAAAUCUGAAACAACGCCCGUUGAUUUACAAAGUCCUCUUGAAAUACCCGGUUAG